AUGAGUGAAACAAAUCGCUCUUUCGUCCUCCGCGCCGUCCAGGACGUCGUCUUCGAAGACCGUAGCGUGCCCCCGCUGAAAGAUCCAUGGGAUGUGCGCAUUCAUGUUGCGCAGACAGGUAUUUGUGGCAGUGACGUACACUACUGGCAGCGAGGACAGAUCGGAGAUUUCAUUCUCCGGUCACCUAUCGUACUCGGCCAUGAGAGUUCUGGGACAGUUGUGGAGGUUGGUUCAGCUGUGAAGAAAGUCAAAGUUGGUGAUCGGGUGGCCGUUGAGCCCGGCGUGCCAUGCAGACACUGCAACUACUGCCGCAGCGGCUCAUACAAUCUCUGCCCGGACACGGUCUUCGCAGCGACUCCGCCGCACGACGGAACACUGUCCAAGUACUAUAGCACGCAGGCGGACUUCUGCUACCCGCUGCCGGCGCACAUGGAUCUCGAAGAAGGGGCGCUCGUUGAGCCGGUUGCGGUGGCUGUCCAGAUUACCAAGGUUGGCAAAGUGAAGCCGAAUCAGACAGUCGUCGUCUUCGGGUGUGGACCUAUCGGGCUGCUCUGCCAGGCUGUGAGCAAGCCGUACGCCGCGAAAAAGGUCAUCGGGGUAGAUAUCAGUCAGUCGCGGGCUGAGUUUGCGCGAUCAUUUGGAGCGGACGGUGUUUUUGUGCCGCCGGUUAGGCCCGAGGAUAUGGAUGACAAUGCAUGGAGCGAGGAGGUGGCGAGGAUGAUGAAGGAACAGUUCGACCUUGGCGAGGGGCCUGAUGUUGUGCUGGAGGCGACAGGUGCACAGGCAUGUAUCCAGACCGGAGUGCAUCUCACCAAGAAGGGAGGCAUCGGCAAGAUCGACGUGAAACGGCUCAUCACGAACAGGUACACGUUCGAGCAGGCCGAAGAAGCAUUUGAGCUGGUGCGACAGGGCAAAGAAAGUGUGAUCAAGGUGAUCAUUGGAGGUGUGGCUAGUUGA